AUGCGUGCAUUUACUCAACAAGGUGCCGCAAAAAAGCCAAUUCAAAAGAAAAUAGCACCAGUGCCCCCCGAAAACACACAAUAUGUUCCAAACUCACUGUACUUCCUUUCCGAUCUCUCGAGUGAUGAAGACAAUGACAGUAGCGACACCAACAUGGAUCAUAGUGACAAUUGCGAUGGCACCACUGGUCACAUUUCCUCAGCGCUACCUCGAAAGCGCCAGAAACUUGAUGUUCCUUACCGCGAGCAACGAAAACAAAAGCAAGCUGCAAAGCAUGCUGAGCUGGAGCAAGCAUACAAAGAUAUCACAAAGCAUUUGAAGUCGAAGAAGACGGUGUUUGUUGGGGGUCCACAUGGUUUACAGGCACGUUGUGCAUGCACUAUCGAGGUUCACUUGAUGCUUGUGGUGAAGAAUGAGCAUGGUUUCAAGGUAGCCUCAGAGAUGGCUGCAGAGACCAAUGGGUUUGCUGCAAAGUGGGGAGGACACCAGGUCCGUGGUUGGACUCGAGAGUGGAUGCGAAUGAGAACACUCCCAGUCUCACAAUGGGGACGGCAUGCCAAGAUUUCGUCACUUCUCGAUGACCCCGCAAUUGCAUCCGAGCUCUGCACAUUCAUGCGCUCAAACAAAUGGUCAAUGGACCCUCAGAAGCUGGCGAAAUUUAUCAAAAAUGAACUUCUCCCUACUGAAGCAACGAAAUAUCUCGAAUGGCUUGUGCAGAAUGAAAUGCCCCAGGGUCUGAAGAGAUACAUUGAGCUUGAGCUCUUUCCUCGCAUUCACAUGAAGGUUGGGCGUGGAAUGACAACUCAAGCAAAUGAUGGACAAUCAAUGAACUGGGUACCGAACGGCGAGCACAAGCUGAGAAAGAAAGGAGUGGGUCGAGGAUUGCAUCAGAGCAGUAUCAUUUGCUCAACCGUUGGACAUCUUGAGGAAGCAGCACACACCAUCGAGUAUGGCAAGAAUUAUGACGGAUACUGGAAUGGGGAAAUGUUUGUCGAGCAGCUCCGUGACAAAAUCAUUCCAGCAUUCGAACGUGCUCAUGGACCUGGUUACCAGGCAUUGUUCCUCAUUGACAAUUCUCAGGGACACUCAGCAUAUGCAGAGGAUGCAUUGUUGAUCUCGCGCAUGAACGUAAAUCCAGGUGGCAAACAGGCACACAUGAAAGACAGUUGGUUCAUUGAUGCUGGUGGGCAAAAAGUUAUUCAGUCCAUGAUGUUUCCCUCCGAUCACCAUGAUCACCCAAACGAACCGAAGGGCAUCAAGGCCAGAUAUCUGCGCGAGAACUGCGACUACACCUUCGAAACACUCAAAACCAACUUGCCAAAAGCUAUGGCUUCUGUACAUCUCAGCACAAUCCGGUUAUGGGAGCAUCGGAUGCACAGGUGGAUGGAUGCUUAUCGGUCAGGUCUGGAGACGAAAAAAGCACAGUUGCAGGUCAAGGAGUUCAGCUCAAGGAAGUACAAGUCUCAUAGACGUGUUCCGGAGACUGUAGCAUGUCUUUUCGACUGA